GUGGGCGGGGGCCCGCGCUGGGGACGUGUGUCCCAGGCUCACCCCGGCCCGCUCCGCCGCUAUAAAGGGCAAGUCCUCGGCGGCUCGCCUAGGCUCGCCCAGCUCCGCCCUGCCGCUCAGGCCACUCGACCCUCUCGGGCCUCGGCUACUCGGGCUGCGGCGAAGAUGGCGGCGCCGGCGGCUCCUGCGGCGGGGGACAAGGGCUCCGAAGCUCAGCUGGAGGCCGCCUUGGCCGACGUGCCCGAGCUGGCUCGACUGCUGGAGAUUGACCCGUACCUGAAGCCCUUCGCCGCGGACUUCCAGCGCAGGUAUAAGAAGUUCAGCCAGGUUUUGCGUGACAUCGGAGAGAAUGAAGGUGGUAUCGACAAGUUCUCCAGAGGUUAUGAGUCAUUUGGCAUCCACAGAUGUACUGAUGGUGGCAUAUACUGCAAAGAAUGGGCCCCAGGAGCAGAAGGAGUUUUUCUUACUGGAGAAUUCAGUGGUUGGAAUCCAUUUUCUCACCCAUAUAAAAAGCUGGAAUAUGGAAAGUGGGAGCUGUAUAUCCCACCCAAGCAGAAUAAAUCUCCCCUGAUACCUCAUGGGUCCAAAUUGAAGGUAGUUAUUACUAGUAAGAGUGGUGAGAUACUGUACCGCAUCUCACCGUGGGCAAAGCAUGUGGUGCGUGAAAACAACAAUGUGAAUUAUGAUUGGAUACACUGGGAUCCAGAAGACCCAUAUAAAUUCAAGCAUUCCAGACCUAAGAAACCACGAAGUCUAAGAAUUUAUGAAUCUCAUGUGGGAAUUUCUUCUCCUGAAGGAAAAAUAGCUUCUUAUAAACAUUUUACAAGCAAUGUACUACCAAGAAUCAAAGACCUUGGAUACAACUGCAUUCAGUUGAUGGCAAUCAUGGAACAUGCUUACUAUGCCAGUUUUGGAUACCAAAUCACUAGUUUUUUCGCAGCUUCAAGUCGUUAUGGAACUCCUGAAGAGCUGAAAGAACUUGUUGACACAGCACAUUCAAUGGGCAUCAUAGUCCUCUUAGAUGUGGUACAUAGCCAUGCCUCAAAAAAUUCAGAGGAUGGGCUAAACAUGUUUGAUGGGACUGAUUCUUGUUAUUUUCAUUCUGGACCCAGAGGGACCCAUGAUCUUUGGGAUAGUAGAUUAUUUAUCUAUUCCAGGUAAGUGCAUAUAACAUGGCAUUUGUUGUUGUU